ACAUGGCGAAAGCGAAGAGGGGAGACAUUUUCAGUGGGAAAAAAGUGGAAUUGUAUCCCGUGAGGUGAUCGAGAUAUUACUUAAAGAGGUAAUAAUGAGUUUUUUCUUUAUCGUUCGGCAAAUUUAAGGUAGAUCUGCGGUAAGAAGUGUUCUAAUUGCCAGAUCAGUUUGAUGCGUACAGAUUGACUUUUGCCAGUUUGAACACCUCUGUUUAAUUUUCCUAGUGUCCGUUCUUCCUUUGCAAAACACACACUUAUUUACUUGAAAUCACAAAUUUUAUUCCACAUUCAAGAAAAAUAAAUGUAGAAAAUUAAGGUAAAGUGUAAGCUUUAAAUAAGUCUUGUGUACCAGCCUUACGUUUUUCAGCAUGAUUCAGUAAGUAAGUAAGUAAGUAAUUUUAUUUAACCACAUAUCGCAUAUGAGCGAUAGCUCGUUUAAAUGCAAAUGUGCCAUAAAAAUUACAACGUGAUAAUUUACAUAAUCUACAUGUACGAGUAAUGAAUAAAAAUAAGAAAUAGAAAAAUUAAACCAACUAAAAGAUAAUAAUAAUUUUAAAAAAAAAAUAUUGGUAAUCAGAUUGUCUAUUUACAAAAUUCACAGUUGCAGUCAUACGAUGAAGACAACUGUAUGUUUUGUAAGUUUUUCCUAAAGAUAGAGAGGGACUCCAACAUCCUUAUUUUGUCUGGUAGACUGUUCCAUUGUUUGCCAGCCUGGUACGUGAAAGAAUGUUGCAUAUAAGAUGAGGUCGGUCUUGGAAGAACAACCUUAAGAUGGCCCCGUAGGCUGUAACUAUUGUUUCGCAGUAAAAACAUUUCCCGAAUGUAGUUCGGUGCCUGGUUAUAAAUGCUAUUGUAUUCAAGUAUCAGUGCUUGUUCUAUGCAUCGAUGUUCCAAGCUUUUGAUAUGUACAGUUUUAAGUAGGUCUUCAUAAGCAGUCGACUUGGAGUAGUUAAGAAGAGUCCUAAGAGCAAAUGCAUUGGUUGACUCUAGUUUUGCAGACAAACCUUUACUUAGACCUAUGAACAAUGGUGAUGCGUAUUCAAAGUGAGGCAGAAUAAAUGCUUUGUACAGUUUAAUCAUAAUAUCUGAGGGUGAUUGCAUGUUUCACUGUAGGGUUAAUGUAAUUUGACGAAUGAGAUUACGAGGCAGAAAGUUUAAGACCCCAAGGUGGAAAGAAGAACGAAAACAAGAACAAAAACAAAGGCUUCCAAAAUGUGAGACAGGAUCAAAUUUUCCAAGACCCAAAAUUUUCCAGGAAUCAUGCUACCACUUUUUCAGUGCAGCCUACAAGCACAAGCAACAAAUUUAUGAAGAACUAAGUCAUAGAUCCCUGCACUGGAAAUGUGAUAUAACAUGUUACCAAAUGUGUUUUGCAAUCUUGUGUUAAACCCUAAAAUACUUAGCAUAAUUCACACACGUACCUCCUACUUUGAUCCAUUACCUGCAAACUCUACCCUCUCCCUGGAUGUAAAUGUCUAAACACAUGUGGAAAGGUUUUUUCCGUAUUAACUUUCCUUCAUAACAUGUGAAUGACCAAAACUACAUUUUGUUUCUGUGUAGAACCAUGAUCCUUGUUUAGUUGUAAGUCUUGCAAUAUUAAAAUUAUUGAAAGAUUUUCAAUAAUUGCAAAUAUGAAACAAAAACAGAGUGGUUAAUCAGUUAUUUAAUAUGUGCAUGGCAAAAGGCCAAAGUGACUGUCCCUCAAUUUAUCAUUCAUUUGACCAUUGUCAGCAUGCAAGACAUUUGAAUCUUCUCAAUAUUAUUGUCACUUUCAGUAACAAUAUCAAAGAAGUAGUCCCAAAUUUCCAAAAUGGCUUCACUGGCUAGUCAGCUACCACCCAUCAAAGUAGGUGGCCAGGUCACACAGCAGGUUAUCAGGCAUGUGCCGUCUCCACCUGCUAAAGGUACAUCAAUAGGAAGUCCUUUUCAGCGCAGUAGUAGAGGAAUACAAAGACCUGAGGGCUCAUUUAUAAGGAGUCCUCCUUCUGAUCUAAAGAAGCCAGCUAGUACUGAAAAGAUAGAUACUUCAAGGUAUGAUUAUGUAAAUUAUUGAUAAUAUUUAUUUAUGAGGUAGACAAAUCAAGGUAUAUAUUAAUUACAUAAUUCUUGUUCCAAUGAUGUAUGAUUCUAGUUACCUUUACAGCAUGGGUGUAAAUUAUUGAUUUAUUACAGAUGUGUUGUAAAUUAGUUCAACUUAGAAAAUCAUUUUUUAUGUGCAUCUUGUACAUUGAGACAAUACAGCAACUCUCUCAUUAUAAGUGACCACCUUUGGUGCGCCACAAAGUGGUUGCUUAGGUGGUCGCUUACAGUACAAGAAGUGGUCACUAUGAGAGAGUCGACUGUAUAUACAAUGUAUGACAGAGAUGCUAACCUCUGCAGUGGUUUAAUGUCUUGCAUGCAACCAUUUUUGCUUUGGAUAUCCUCUAAAAAAACCAAGCUUUUUAUCAUUGGUAUUAUUGGUCUUGUCCUAACGGUAAUUAUAACACUAGGGUUGAAUAAACUGCCAUUGCUUGGUUAUUUUCUUUUGAAAAUCCUAAUUCUUUCCCUUGUAUCAUCUUGGUUUAACAGGUACCGCAACACAUAUGAACACAACCUGUGCCUUGACAUGUUGAAAGAAGGAUUCCAUCAGUCCUUCCGUGAGCUUUUUAACCUGAUGGAGAAGCAGAAGGCUGACAUUGGCAGGUUAGGGACAGAUUCUGGACUAUCUGAUCAACCAUUGUUGGAAAAUGAACCAGCAAAACUUGACCAACUGAAGCAUCAUCUUACAACAGCUGAGGCUGCAAAGCGAAGAGGUGAGAAAAUCAACUCCAUACUCUCCAUCCGAUAUUCCACAAACCACUGCCUGGUUAGCUCAGUUGGAUUAGGCUGAUCUGCUGUCACAGGCAGUUGCAGGCUCAAACUCAACACUCGGGGUCUUGUUUCUACAUAUACAGUGUAUGUAUUUGUAUUGCAGUAGCAGAUCCACAUCAGCUAUCAAAAUGCCUUAUAUAUUACCUGUUUAUCAAAUUAAAAUGGUAUAGUGCAAAUUAGUAUUGAACCUAGGGUGAUUAAAAAUUUCCUUAGUCUCCUAGCCCUAAUUAAUCAUUGGAAUGAAGCAAAUAAUAUUAGAAUAAUGAAUUAUAUCUAUUCUGGUUUAACUUAAAAAUGGCUUUUACCUGCAACACAUACACCUCAUUUGAGUUAUCACUCCUUAAAGCAUGUCCUUUGUUCUUACACAAGGUCAGCUUUUGUACAAUGCAUGACUAGUAAUAAAGAUCAUCGUUUUUAACCCAUUUGCCCCUGAACCGCCCGUAACCACCCGUGCGGAUCCAGGUCCUUUCUACCCUUUGUGACGUCAUCAGUUUUAACGGUCAAGGACAACUUUCUUCGCUAACUUGUGCAGAGUGAAGAGAUCUUUCAAACCAUACCAGAAUGAGCACAAUUCAGUCAAGGACACCGGAGAAAGAAGCAAAAAACCACGUGACAAGGACCUGAAAAUCUCCAUGAAAAUCUUGUUCCAUUACCCACCUACCUUUCCUUUCACCUAAUCCUAAGAUUCUAAAAGCUUUCCUAAAAACUCUUCCCACCAAAAUGAAGCCUACUAAAUGCCCAGCAAGAGAACAAAAAAUGAGGCAAGAAAAGCGAAAAAAGAAGGGAGGAGAGAAAGCGAAAAGUAAAAGUCAAGACUGCUGUGUCACUUUUAAACCCAAAAACUAUGGUGAAAUCUUGCUUUCUGCGCAUGCCCGAACUUGGCAAGCUGAUAUUUUGCAUCUGGAUCAGAAGGCCGCCAAGUGUACGACCUGUAAACCAGUUUGUGGUAAGUUUUAGCUCUUUAUAGCACGACAGUGACCAGAAAACCACUCGACUAGCUUCAAAACGCGUUUUUCGGCAAAAUCUCCAGGAGCGAAUGGGUUAAUAUGUAAAUCUGAUUAUAUUAAACUAAUAUAUUUACAUGUAAACAGGAAAGAUGGACCAAGUCUACCACAGCUUAUUGGCGUUGGCAAGAUUCUUUGAAGAAACUGGGGACUUUUGGUUGUCUGAUCAUUUCUACAGCUCUUGUUUGAAGACAAGCCUGAAAAUUAGAGGAGAUGGAAGAAGAAAAGAAUCAGAGGCCAACUGUAACAUGGGUUUAGCUUCUGAAAAGAGAGGUAAGCAAAAUUAUUUACUAAUGAGUGUUGUAAUUUCAAAGUACAUGUAAGAGAGUUCUUUUGAGCAAAAACUACCUGUACAUUGAAAUGGCAUACAGCGCAUGUAUAAAUUAAAUUUUUGUUGAAAUCACAUUUUGCUCUAAGUUUUUGCAUGAGACUCAGUGAGUUGAACCCACUUUGUGGACAACUGCUUUAAAUAAGGGUAUUUGUCAUGACACACAGCUUUUUGUUUCUCACAAAAACCUGACAUUUUCUUCAAAUUCAACCACCAAGAUCCUGGUGGACUUUUGAUUACUAAUAGAAAAUAGAAUUCCAGUUUCCAAAAUGUCUGUGCUGAUUUUACUUUUUUUGUUUUGUAUUACCCACCAAUUUUACUUUUUUUGUUUUGUGUUACCCACCAACAUCAGUGUUGGGGGCAUGGGGGAGGGUGGAGGGGUGGCUUUUAUUUACUAAUGGGAAAAAGCGUGCAAAUUGUUUCUGGAGUUUUUUGACUUACAGUAUUCAGGAAAGUGGAAUAAUGUGAGAUAAGUGUUUUCUUGGUACAUUUCUUCAUUAUGAAUUUGCCAAAUUUCUUUUGCUGCAAUACAAUAAUACAAUUAUAUACAAUAUUUCUAUUUUUAGGUGAUCUCUUUAAGGCUGUUGAGUAUUUAGAAUCAUUUUAUAACCUGACAAAAGGGCGUCUGUGGCAGACAGACAGUGGGGAAAACCUGCAUUCACUUUCCUGUGAACACCUUAGAAGAGUCUAUACAACUAUCUCAGAUGAGGUAAACUUCAAGUUGCUGUAGUUUCGUUCUGAAAACAAAAGAACAAGAAGAACAAAGAUAUAGCAAUUACAUUUUUAAGUACAUGUUAUUCAACAAACUUUUAUUGAUCUAAAAAUGUUUACUGCACAAACCCUAGGGGGUAGUCUUGAAGCAAAGUUUUAUACCUGGAGGCUCCGCCCCGAGGUCCAACCCCUUACCAGAAAAGGUACCCCUUUCAUAUAUACUUUUUAUUGACAAAUGGUAUCCCUUUCACAUGUCUAUUUUUAGACCUUUUCAUUCCUUUUAAAACUGUAAAUGCACUGUCUUCUGUCUUUUUAUAAUGGGACUCCCUCCCCCCGGGCAAAAACUUGCAUUGUUGUUUAGCUAGGCAUUUCUAAUGUACUUCAUACAUUUCUCAUGGACUUGUAAAGGUUGUGCUUGAAGUUAUGGCACGUCUCCCAAAACCAGAACUUUUUAAGGCACAAACCUAGCUGUGUAAGAGCAAGGAUCUGUUUUGCUGCAAGAUGGCACAGGGCUCUAUUAUUUUCUUUUUGCCUUCUCCUUUAAGAUUUUUGCAACAGCCCUCUCCCUGUUCCGAAUAAUGACAUGCCACAGACAUUGAAUUGUACUAAGUUACAAUACAUUUUAAAAGCUGUACUUGUCGGAGAAAAGUAUCAUGAUUAUUAAGAAUCAUCAUUUUUAUUGAAGAUUAAAGAGGAAGAUUUGAUGAAGUCCAUAGAGUAUUUAUUGAAAGCAUAUGGAAUGGCUAAAGAAAGUAAGUGAUAACUGUAACGUUCAUGCUCAUUCGACUGGGAGAUUUUCCUUGUCUCAUUUCUGAGGAAGUGCUCUAUACACAUGUGUGUUUUACCCAGUUUCGUUGUCUCAGGGUUGUAAUCUGAGAAUGACUGGUCAGUGUCAUCUGAAAUGAAAGAGGUCUCCAAAAAACCAGAACUCUCCCAUGUUCUAAAAAAAAAAAAAUUUGUCACGAAGAGCCAUGUAAUUUUGACCAAAUUGUUUCUUUACAUUUGUUUUAUUACCAACUAGAGGAUUGCUACAAAGUUUGAUGAGGUUUCUUUAUGUUAAAUUAUUGAGAUGUCUCAUUGCUUUAUGAAAUAAUAUCUAAUGAAUAAAAUUAUGACCAACUAAAAAUGUCAAAAUUUAGAAUUGGACAGUUACACUUCCAGACCUUUGCAUUCUCUCCAAAGACUGCAAUUCAUUAAUUCAUUUUUUCAGGCAGCUUCUGCCGAGCUAGUCACCUAGCCACUCAGGAUGAGAGUUUGCUGCAGACUGCAAUAAUAAAGUUUUAAUUCCGGUUAUUCUCAGUUAAUCUAAUUUAAUUAAGCAUAAAAUAAUAAUUCGCUAAUAAUUUACUUGUCACAAUCCAGGUGGGGAUGAUCAACAGGAGGGUUUAGCUGGCUACAGACUGGGAAAUGCAUAUGAAGAAAUUGGAGAUGCUGAAACUGCCAUUCUGGUAAGAUUUCUGCCGCAAUUUUUGCCCUUCCUAAAUCUAAUUUAAUCAAAGAUUUCAUGCACAGUGUGGGCUAAACUUUCAACAGAAAGCCCUAACAAGGAAAGUUCACUGAAGCUGUUCAAGCAUCUAUCCAUGUUAUAACUUUGAACACUUCGCUGGCUGGCCAGCCAGCAGAGGAAUCUUGCUUAGUUGUUGCUUAUACAUACUAGCAACAGACAAACUAGAGAUGGUAUAUUAAAAUAAUCUUUGAAAGUCUAGUGGAUAGUGAUGCCUGUAACUUUCAAUAUAUUAAUUUAUAAGUUUGUUAUGCUUUUGUUUGAUUUCAAACUUCUAGUAUCAUAAUGGCUACUUGGAAAAAUGCCAGCAAACAUCAGAUGAUGUUGGAAUGGGGCGAGCUUGUCAAGCCCUUGCAAGGGCAUAUGAAAUGUAAGUUAAUUUCAAAUUUAAAUAGAACUUAUGUUAGCUGUUUCAAGGUGUUUUAAUAUUGAGAGAGGGAUUGAAACUGUGCUGAGGUGAUUACUGCAUUUUUUUUUCUUCUGUGAAAAAAAAUCAUCUGCACUUUAAUUUCAAUUUUGAAUCUAUUAUUAUACAAGUAUCUAAAAAGUUUGAACAAAAAGUAAAAAAACAAUAAGAAUAGAUGUCAAGUUUGUCGUAAAAUAUUACAUCUGCUAUAAACCUGUUGGUUUCAAAAGUUUAUUUCUCAAAUAAUGAAGAAUUUCCCAAAAUAAAAAUUACAUUUAAGGCUAUCAAGCAAGACCUGAGCUUUCAGAAAAUUGAUAUCUGAGGUGUCAAUUUUCACACCAAAGGUGUGAUUUCCGAUUUAUAUCACAGGCUCAAAAACUCAAGAAUUGCUUAUUUCUUGCUUUCCCUUGAUAAGUACAUGUACUUAGAUUGGUAAUUUACCCAUAAAUUCUUGGCAUUGUUAGUCAGUUUUUCCUGAAAAUAUUAAAGGGACAGUGUCCCGAUAAUGCGCACGCGCGAGCGUCAUCUGUUUUUUCUUCAAAAGACAAUAGGAACUGUCAUAUUGACUCGACAAGAUUUCCUUCCGGACCGCACCGCCGACGGAGAUUUGUUGUUUAUAUUCUCAGGCAAUAUUUUAGACUUUCGAAGAAAUCUUUUGUCUUAUUUAAAAUUUGGCUCGCGGCAAGAAGAUUCAUCGCGAUUUUAUCGCUAGCAGGGCCGUCUCGCGACCCGAAAAUCUCUUUCCGCUCGCUUUAAAACCAGAUUUUCUAAUGUGAAACUUGUGUCAGAGGUCAAUUGUUUCCAAGUCCAGUAAUAUCUGCCUGAUUUGCUCGCGUUCUAGCCUCAAACGUUGGAAAGAUAGAAAUAAAAAUGCAAUCUCAAUCAUCGCAAAGGUUAGUCAAAAAUUAUAUUAUGAUUAUGAGUUUUUCUAAACAUGUAGCGCCUGUUUGUUUGAUUUUGUCGGCCGUGGGGCGAUUCAGUUAAAAGUUUACUAACGCGUCGUUGCAGAACAUUCUGCUUCACGAAGCUCCCCUCCACAAGAUCCCCGGGGGGUACUUUAGAAAUUUCUGGGUGGGGAUGUGCCGCUGGUACCCUGGAACCCUUAACCUAUACCAGAGCUAGUUCAGCUGAAUUUUGCCACCCUAUACUAGAGUAAACUCCCCAAAUCCCCCCUAUCCUAGAGUAGCUGUUUUCCAUAAACUACUGAGGUCACUAGCAUAGUCUAGCCAAAACAAGCUGAGUUGUGUAAAUUUCAAAUUUCAAAUUUGAUUUUUUUUAUAUGUUUGAGUGGCAAUUCCCCGUUUCCCUACUCCAGAUAAAAUCUUCAACCAACUGAUCAGUUUCCUGAAAAAUGAUACCCUAUUCUAGACCCAAACACUCUGAUUUAUAUACCCUAUCCCAGAGUAAACUGCUUGAAAACCAUACCCUUCACAGCGGCACAUACCUAUAUAGCCCAUAUAUGGCAGUGCCCCCCCCGGGACAAGAUCUCCUCAGUCACAUCAAUGUCUCAAUGGUUUCUUUCUUACAGUCUUUAUUGUUGCUGUUUCAUUUCUGCGUAUUCCUUUGACAAUUAUCUGAGCUUGUAUGGAAGCUGGCAGAAGAAAUAAGCCUUCAAUCGGCAUCAAAGCGCUUCGCAACUUUUGGUCCUCCGGCCAACGGUAAUAAAAGUAACGCCAAAAAAUCCAGAUUUGGCCCAAAUCGAAACUUAACAGGAACAAAAUAUCAUUGAUCAGUAAUCCUGAGAAGAUUUAGUGUAGUAUUGAACUCGGCCAAGCGCGAUGCAAACGGAUUUUUCAAGGUUCUCUUACUCUCCUCGCAUCUUUUGAUUUCGGGACAUCCUGUCCAAAAAUCAAAGUUUGGUGCAUGCGCAGUAACGAGAUACUGUUCCUUUAAGUUAGCAACACAGCAAUUUGCAUGAUAGGCCAUUUAACCGUGACCUUAUAUUAUGUCAUCGAUCGACCUUGCAAGGAUCAUAUAUACUGUACAAUGUGUCUUUAGAAGUUUAGCAAUCGUACUUUAUUUGGGGAAGCAGAAUAUAAGUGAAUUUUGCUGUAAUUUGCCCUUUUAGUAGCAUACUUGAAACUCAUAAAGCGAUAUCGUGUGUCGGGUUGUGAAAAUUGGAACAGUUCUCUCAACAACAGAAAGUAUCACGUCGGAUUUCAGCCAUGUGAGAGUAUUUAUAAGCAACUUUAUAAGCAUGGUCAAAUUAUGACCUUGUAGCAGAUCUAAUACCUUAAGCUACAUGCAAAGGGGAGUUGUUGUGUCCGUGUUGGCAGUGGUGUGUAAACAGAUGCAACAACUCCAAAUUCGAUGUUGGGACCUGCAGUGCAUCAUAAGAAGAAUACAACCAAUAAGAUUUUGUAAACCAUGCGUAAAGUACGUGCAUGGCCCCCAACAAUAGGGGAAGAGCUGCACAAAUGGAUUCAACGUUGUUGUGCUAUGUUUUUGCGAUCAUGGAACAAAAGAAAUGUUGGGAGGUAUUGGCUUAAAAGUUUGACCAAUUUGGAACUUUGUGCAAAAUGUCCAUUGUGGGAGUUUAUAGAUUAAAAUGACAUUAAUAAUGAUAUUCAAAUCAUUUAUGCAGGUCUGUACAAGCAGAAUUAUUGUUUGAUGUUUCUUGAUAGGCAAGGAGAUGUGGAAAGUGCAAUGAAGUAUCUUGAGAUGUUUGUUGAGCUGGCCGACAGAUCUCAGCAGUUACCUGAACAACAAAAAGCUUGUACUUGUCUUGGUGCUAUUUACAAUUCACUGGUAAGGCAUUUUGACAUGUUUUAAUUAAAUGAUUUGCAAGAACUCAACACAUGAUCCUAAAAGGUGAAACUAAACAAUACAUGAAUGGUCAGAAAUAAGUUGUUAUUAGCAAUGUUUAAAAUAUUCUUUGUUUGAGAAUAUUCAACACAAAACAGAAAUGUUGAUUCUGAUUGCUAAGGAAAGGAGGCUUUUUUAACCUUUGUGGUCCACCAUGCUUAUAUUAAACGCAAGGCUGACUUUUUUAGAAUCUUUCUUAGUACUUGAGCCUGACAUAAGUUGUGGAAGAUAGAGCCAGAGAUUACACUGUAAUUUAUGAGCUUGGCUGGAAGAAAAACGACUCCUGUCGUCAACGGAUGAAAACACUGCGAGUUGCUAGCGCAUUACAUGACAAAAAAUUGUUUUUGAGAUGACUGAAAGGCAGUAAAGAUUCUUGUGCAUGCAAAGAUUAACUCAAAAUCAGUGUAAAGGACACAUUCAACAGUUGCGCAAGUAACCUCAGCAUUAAAUAAAAUUUCUUUUUGGAGGGAUCCCUUGCAAAACAGAGAUAGGAUUUUGUGGCACUUAUUAUGAGGUCGGCUGAGCAUGUGCCGUUAGAAAAAAAUCUUUUGCUCACAACCUUCUUUAACUACUGAACAGAAAUGUGCUUCACUGGUGACCCUGUGAAACGAGAGAAAGUUCAGAAUGAGUUUUACUUCCCAGUUACCCCUCCCCUGGCCCAAUGUUAAAACCAACUUCUCUUUUAGGGUAAAAUGUUGGGUUAGGGGAGGGGUGGGUGGUUGGUUUCACAGAUUCUUAUGCUGAACACUUAAAGGGACAGUGUCCCGAUUAUGCGCACGCGCGAGCGUCAUCUGUUUUUUCUUCAAAAGACAAUAGAACUGUCAAAUUGACUCGACAAGAUUUCCUUCCGGACCACACCAGGCACCGACAGAAAUUUGUUGUUUAUAUUCUCAAGUAAUAUUUUAGACUUUCGAGGAAGUCUUUCGUCUUAUAUAAAAAUUUGGCUCGCGGUUUGAAGACUCAUCGCGAUUUUAUCGCUAGCUGGGCCGCCUCGCGACCCGAAAAUCUCGUUCCGCUCGCUUUAAAAACAUAUUUUCUAAUUUGAAACUCGUGUCAGAGGUCAAUCGCUCCAAGUCCAGUAAUAUCUGCCUGAUUUGCUCGCGUUCUAGCCUCAAACGUUUGAAAGACAUAAAUAAAAAUGCAAUCUCAACGCUAUGAAUCAUCACAAAGGUUAGUCAAAAAUGAUAUUAUGAUUUCAUGUCAAUAGUUUUUCAACACAUGUAACGCCUGUUUGUUUGAUUUUGUCGGCCGUAGGGAGAUUCAUUUAAAAGUUUACUAACGCGUCGUUGCAAAACAUUCUGCUUCACGAAUCUCCCCUCCACAAGAUCUCCUCAGUCACAUCAAUGUCUCAACGGUUUCUUUCUUACAGUCUUUAUUGUUGCUGUUUCAUUUCUGCGUAUUCCUUUCACAAUUAUCUGAUCUUGUAUGGAAGCUAGCAGAAGAAAUAAGCCUUCAAUCGGCAUUAAAGUGCUUCCAAUCUUUUGGUCCUCUGGCCAACGGCAAUAAAAGUAACGCCAAAAAAUCCAGAUUUUGCCCAAAUCGAAACUUAACAGGAACAAUAUAUCAUUGCUCUAUAAUCCUGAGAAGUUUUAGUGUCGUAUUGAACCCGGCCGAGCGCGAUGCAAACGGAUUUUUCAAGAUUCUCUUACUCUCCUCGCAUCUUUUGAUUUCGCGACAUCCUGUCCAAAAUUCAAAGUUUGGUGCAUGCGCAGUAACGGGAUACUGUUCCUUUAAUAAUGUCUCCUCACUCUACAGGGUAAAUAUGAAGAUGCUGUUCGCAUGUACACAAGAGGCUUUGAGAUAGCACAAGACCUUGCAGCAGUGGAGACGACAGAAACCACGAGGGUAGAAUAUGGCAUUGCUUUGGCACAUACAAUUUUCACGGGCUACUCUCAGUGCUUGGAUCAAGUCGGCAAGAGCAACAUACAGAGAUUGCUAGACUUUAAGAGCUCACGACUGGACACCUUCUCUGAAGAAGCAAUAGCUGAUGAUGAGGCCACUAAGGGGAGUCUGCCCAGUAGUGAUCUAGGCUCUGGAGAGCAUGAUGAGCCCCCUUUGGGGGAUGGAGAGGAAAAUUUGCCCAGCGAUACAGCCCCUGGUGGGGAAACUAAGGAAGAACUAACAAAUGGUGGAACUGAUUCUGGUGUGACAAGUGAGGGAGAAGAGGGGAAGAAAGGACAGACAGAAGCUCAACAGGGAUAGUCUCUCUUUUACUGAGACAAUGAGUUUAUUCCCAAGAAUCACAUGGAAGCUUGAUGAUCAUGUGUCAACAAAACUUAGUUUAAGACUGGCAACGUGGCAAAUAAGUGUGAAGUUAUCUCCUGGAUCCUUGCCAAAGGUUUCAUUCUUAAAGUUCAGCAACUCAUUCUCAGCAGAAGAUCUUUUAAAGUAAAAACCAUUUUCUUUCAGUGUUCAGAUACGUUUGAAAGAAUUAAAGAGCUUGUUCUCAAAAUGCAUUUGUACGAAAACGCCACGAGAGAGAACCUCGUGGAUGCCAACAAGUUAAUGUGGAUGAGCUGUUGACGGAACCGAUUAACCAAUACAUUAUAGUGAGGUCUUACUGACAUUAUUGAUGCAUUCUUUUCCUCUCACAAUUUGCACCUUCUUCAAGUUGUUUCCACAUGCUUCUAUAUUUAUAUCGGUUGUAUUUCCAGGUGUAUUUCGCAACAUUUUACUUGGGAAGGAUAAUGUAUAGAGUUGGACUGUUAGUUAUUUCAAGAAAAUGUACAUAAUUAUCAUUGUAG